AUGGUGGUGGAGGGGGGAAAGAAACUAGUGACAUUGUCCGCUAGGGUGUGAGAUCACCCUUGGGGUUCACCUUGGAUAAAAAGAAAAGAAAAAACACACACACUCUAAAGGCUGAUGGAUCUCCCUCCGCAUAAGGAUACCAGCCCAUAUCACGGUGGUUCCAACAUGCAGCCUGGAUCCUGUGGGUCGGUCGGAGCCAGCCCUCCUUUGACACCGCAGCUGACCGUUCCAGAGCCACCUCUCAUCGUCCCAACGGACGCCUUCAAAAGGCAGCAGGCAUCCAAUGCAGUGCAAGCACCUCUAAAAGUGACAGACCAAAUGCAGUUUAGCCAGGCAAAGUCCUCGUCUGCCCCAACGACGCUGGGGAGCAUAUGCCGGCCCAGACCGACUGCUCUCGGAACCAAAGCUGCUCUGAAGCCCGCCAGAAUCUCAGUGGAGCCGUCAAAGGAAAAGGAUUUGGCCUCCGUUUGCAUUCCGGGGCCCCAGAGCGCAAACGUCCUGCCGCAUGCUCCGUCCGAGUCCUCGUUCUCUCUCCACAGUCCCCAGAGCCCCCACAGUCCUCAGUCUUACCUGAACCCCACUCCCAACCUGCCUCCGCCCAAGACAAACCCCAGCCUCUCCCCCAGCCUCAGCCCCAAAUCCAGCCUCAGCCCCAAAUCCAGCCUCAGCCCCAAAUCCAGCCUCAGUCCGCAGACGCAGAGGACCCCCUCGCCUGGGGGCUCAUCGCCGAACCAGGCCAAGUCCGACAGGCCAGGAGAAGAGAACAAAGACUUCAGGGUGUGCAUCGUCACAUGGAACGUGGGAUCAGCUGUCCCACCAGAUGACAUCACCUCUCUGUUUGGACCAAAUGUUUCAGAUGGGAACACUGACAUGUUCAUCAUCGGACUCCAGGAGGUAAACUCCAUGAUAAACAAGAGACUAAAGGAUGUUCUUUUUUCUGACCAGUGGAGUGAGCUUUGCAUGGACACACUCAGUCCUUUUGGAUAUGUUUUGGUGGCCUCGCAGCGAAUGCAGGGUGUGCUGCUGCUGGUUUUUUCUAAAUAUUACCAUCUUCCAUUCCUCAGAGGCGUGCAGACACAGAGCACACGCACGGGACUUGGGGGAUAUUGGGGGAACAAAGGGGGUGUUAGUGCCCGGAUGACUGUGUUCGGCCACUCGGUGUGCUUCCUCAACUGUCACCUGCCGGCUCACAUGAGAAACCUGGAGCAGCGGAUGGAGGACUUUGAGAGCAUCCUUCAGCAGCAGCAGUUCGAGGGGGGGACUACUACCGGUGUACUGGACCAUGAUGUUGUGUUUUGGUUCGGGGAUUUAAAUUUCCGGAUUGAAGACUAUGACAUUCACGUGGUGAAGUGUGCCAUUGACAGCAAUAAGCUGCCUCUUCUGUGGGAGCGAGAUCAGCUCAACAUGGCUAAAACCACAGAAUCCAUUCUGGAAGGCUUCAUCGAGGGACAGCUCAACUUCCCACCGACGUACAAGUUUGAUGUGGGCACCCACACCUACGACACCAGUGCCAAGAAGAGGAAACCUGCCUGGACGGACCGCAUCCUCUGGCGCCAUCGCCGCACCGGUUCCCCAGUACCUACCCACAAUGCAGCACUGCAGCGGGGUCUAACCUCAUGGUUGGGUGGGGCAACUAAAGUGACACAACAUAUGUACAGAAGCCACAUGGGCUUCACAAUCAGUGACCACAAGCCUGUUUCUGCACUGUUUUCACUGCAUUUUCCGUUCAGGGUCGAGAUGCCUCUGGUGGAGCUGCAGGUAAACAAGGAGUGGUCCAAAGUGUCUGACGCGACGGUUCGAUUCACCGUCGUGUCCACGUAUCAGCGCAGUUCGUGGGACUGGGUGGCCAUAUACAAGGUGGGAUUCAGACAUCACAAAGACUACCAGGCGUAUGUGUGGGCCAAGGGAGAGCACGCCAUACAGGUGACCUUUUCAGAGGAGGAUUUGCCAAGAGAUGAUUGCGAAUACAUCCUGGGUUACUACAGUAAUAAUUUGAAUAGCAUCGUCGGGCUGUCGUCGCCAAUUCAGAUCAAGGUGCCAGCUCACAGCCCUACAGUGUGUCGCUCUGACAACUCUGACGUCAGCUCAGAGGACGAUAGCACUCUGGUUCUGCUGGCUCCAAACUCCCGCAGUCCGAGCCCUAAAAACGGCAAAUACCACCAUCGGAAUCGUCGCAGCCGCAGCCCCGCCGUUCCAGCGCUCUCCUCCAACCCGCUGCCCUCUCUACAGGGCCUCGGCCUCAGCCCUCGCUCCAAAGAUUGCCACUCACAAAGCCGCUCUCCCUCCUCUAUAGCUAAAAAGGAGCGCCUUGUCUCGCCGGACGCCCUGCCCUCUCCCAUCAGCCCCCUCAGCCCCCGCAGCCCCGUGUCUCCGGGUAGCGGCGUUUCUGCCCCGGAGGCCCUGAUCGUAGCCAUCUUAGGCGAACACAGCCCAGCUCAGGUUAGCCCAACAGGGCUCAAAUACAUAGGGAAGCAAGAUGAAACAGACACGAGAAAGAACAAAAAAUGUUAACAUUUGAUUCCGUCCAGGGAGAACAAGGGCAACAUCCAUGCGUUCAGGGUGUUGUGAUCCACUCUGUCACCGUGCUCAGCGACGCAGCACACGUUGUGACUGUAAUGUAGUUUGCGAACAUUCUACAUGCGUAGCCCUACAGUUCCCCGUCUGUCAGUCUGCCAUCUCACGCACAGCUGUACUUUAUGUUUAGUCAAAAAUGUGACCAGACUCUUGCAGUGCUUCCAUAGACUCGGAAGCUGCAACGUAAAUAAGUGAAUACACUGAAUGUGAAACCAAGGUCUGAGUGAACCCGUGAUGAAAGCGAUAGUCGUUUUCCAUAGGAAUAUGGAUCCACGUAAACAAACGCGGAUCACAAGAAGGACUCUGAAUGACGAGUAUUGAUGGUAUCACAGUCCACAGCUGAAGGUUGAUGUUUUUGUGAAAGCCGGUGUGUGUCCAGUUAUAUGUAAAUGUGUGGAAUCGGCAUUUUAGACAUGAUGAUUUUAGUUCUGCAGGAGUCGUCUGUGCUCAUGAGAUCAGUCUUAUGUGUCCCAGACCAACAACUGAGCAUUUAAUCAACUCGGUUUUAAAUUUACACGUCACUGUGUGAAGUUUAAUGGUAAUCCAAAACCAAGGCUCUUAUUCUUCUUAGCAGCUUUGUGAACACAACCCUUGUUCCAUACAGCUCAGUGAGUGGAUACUAACGUUGAUGUUUGCCUUAAGGAGAAAGCAUUGUUGGACCUGGUAGAAGUGCAAAUAAAAUGAGAACAAAUUAAACACAUGUGUAAACCAACUUUUUUAA